AUAGAGGCGGGUACCUUAACAACGCACGCACAGACUCCUCCAUCUUCCACAGUCCCUCGAGAGAGAAGAUCACUCCGAAAUUCAAAGGCAAAUAGAAAAUGGCAGAUGGUGAGGAUAUUCAGCCCCUUGUUUGUGACAAUGGGACUGGAAUGGUCAAGGCUGGAUUUGCUGGAGAUGAUGCUCCUAGGGCAGUGUUCCCUAGCAUUGUGGGCCGCCCUCGCCACACUGGUGUGAUGGUUGGCAUGGGCCAAAAAGAUGCUUAUGUGGGUGAUGAAGCACAAUCAAAGAGAGGUAUUUUAACUUUGAAAUACCCAAUUGAGCAUGGUAUUGUAAAUAAUUGGGAUGAUAUGGAGAAAAUCUGGCAUCAUACCUUCUACAAUGAGCUUCGUGUGGCCCCAGAAGAACAUCCAGUUCUCCUCACAGAAGCUCCUCUCAACCCCAAGGCCAAUCGUGAAAAAAUGACUCAAAUUAUGUUUGAGACCUUCAACACCCCUGCUAUGUAUGUAGCUAUCCAGGCUGUCCUUUCCCUUUAUGCCAGUGGUCGUACAACUGGUAUUGUUCUGGACUCUGGGGAUGGUGUGAGCCACACGGUACCAAUCUAUGAAGGCUAUGCCCUCCCACAUGCCAUCCUGCGUCUUGACCUGGCAGGGCGUGAUCUGACUGAUGCCUUUAUGAAAAUCUUAACCGAACCUGGUUACUCUUUUACCACCACUGCUGAGCGUGAAAUUGUGAGGGACAUGAAGGAGAAACUAGCCUAUAUUGCUCUUGACUAUGAACAAGAGCUAGAGACAUCCAAGACCAGCUCUUCUGUGGAGAAAAGCUACGAACUGCCAGAUGGCCAGGUUAUCACCAUUGGGGCUGAACGAUUCCGCUGUCCAGAAGUCCUCUUCCAGCCAUCCAUGAUUGGGAUGGAAGCUGCUGGCAUUCAUGAAACUACAUACAAUUCUAUCAUGAAGUGUGAUGUCGAUAUUAGGAAAGAUCUUUAUGGCAAUAUUGUUCUCAGUGGUGGUUCCACCAUGUUCCCCGGUAUAGCUGACAGGAUGAGCAAGGAAAUUUCAGCCUUAGCUCCAAGUAGCAUGAAGAUUAAGGUGGUAGCACCACCAGAAAGAAAGUACAGUGUCUGGAUUGGUGGCUCCAUUUUGGCAUCUCUCAGCACCUUCCAACAGAUGUGGAUUGCAAAGGCAGAGUACGAUGAAUCCGGGCCAUCAAUUGUCCACAGGAAAUGCUUCUAAAGAUGGAUCCAGAGAUAUAUACCUACACAUUUUGUAUCAAGAAAAUGCUUCUAAUCAAGUGGAUGCUGUUUUAUCUCCUUUCCCUCAAUUUUCUCCCCGUUUCCUUCAUUUUGAUUUCGUUUUUCUAUUUUUGUUUUCUGGUCUCCAAAGAUGAGCUUGGGACGAUUCAAAAAUUUUUUUUAGAAGAAUUAUAUAUAUAUAUAUUUUUUGGUUAUUGGACAAGUAAUUCUUUUCAUAAUUAUUUUUAUAAAUUAAUUACUGCAAU